AUCUCAGCGUUCUCCUGUGUGGACCCCAGCUCCAUCCUGGCCUUGCACCAGGUCCCCUCCCUACAGGCCAUCUAUACUCUGGACGCGGUCAUCUCCAAGGUCCAGGUGUCCUUGGACGAACACUUCUCCAAGGUGGCCGCAGAGACUGACCCUCACAAGUCCUCAGAGAUCACCAAGAACCUGCUGCCUGCUACGCUGCAGCUCAUAGAUGUGUACACAGCCUUCACCAGGUGAGAACGAUCCACUAUCCUCUCUUUUUACCACUCAACUCAAACUAUGUUCUCUAGUGGGGCAGAACAACUCAAACGAUGUUCUCUAGUGGGGCAGAACAACUCAAACUAUGUUCUCUAGUGGGGCAGAACAACUCAGGCUAUGUUCUCUAGUGGGGCAGAACAACUCAAACGAUGUUCUCUAGUGGGGCAGAACAACUCAAACUAUGUUCUCUAGUGGGGCAGAACAACUCAAACUAUGUUCUCUAGUGGGGCAGAACAACUCAGGUCUUCAAAUAAUAGACUCAGUUCGCAGUUCACACAGAAAAUGGAUGUGUUCUUUCCAUCCUGAGAAGAAUGUAUUGUUUUUGUAUUUGGGCAAUGAUGACUGACUGUUCUGUGUGUCCCAGGUCCUACCUUCUCAUGAACCUACCAGAGGAAGGAGAGAACAAGCUGUCAGAGGCUAAACUCCAGGGUUACGCCGCAGUGCUGUCCAUAGGCUCCAUGCGCUGCAAAGCCAACCUGCUCGGUACGUACUAG